AUGGGAAUUCUUUUUUUAGCACCGUAUAUAUUUGUGAUUUUAUUGAAUUAAACAAAAUAUGUGAUACUCGUCAACAAAAAAUACAACAUCAAAAUGUUCAGUUUCGCAUAUUUUAUUGUUCGACGGGCAUUCACGACUCAACGCAGAACGCACUUUUGACACUGUUCUGUUGUUUGAUGAGAAACCAUCGGUUUGUUUACGUUUCGUGUGAAGAACUUUUGUGCGUGCAUUUUGUAGCGGGUGUUCCAUUCCAAAGCGCAUUACACAAACUAAAGGCGACAUGGAGACACUGGAUACAGUACAAAAACACGAAUUGCCACCAACAAAUCAAAAGCGUAUGGUAGCGUUCAUCAAUCAUUUCAUCGUUAGCACCGUUACAUUCCUAAACAAAUUUGCUUCCGACUGUGAGACACGGUUUGUGAAUUAUGAGCAAAAAAUACAAAAUCUAGAAGCUUCGCUCAUGAUAGUGGAAGCCAAACUGGCCUCCAUUGACGUCCUCAAACAACAGUCCGGCAACACCGCGGCGAUUGAAGGCAAUAAACAGAACGACAUUAAUCCAUCGACAUCGGUUAAAGUUGAAGCGACUGAAACCAAACUAGCGGAGGAGAACGAAUCUCAACCCGACGUAGCCACAAAUCCAUCCGCCACCGAAAGGGAUCCAAAGUAUGAACCGUACUUUAAAAUGCUUCACGUUGGAGUGCCACUGGGUGCUGUGAAAAACAAAAUUGCCGCCGAAGGUUUGGAUCCUGGCUAUAUUGAUCAGUUUCUAUAAUCGUAAGCAAUAAACUGUGCGCGCGCGAGAGAGAGAAAGAGAAA